CAUUUGUAGAAUUUUUUCUGUGACCUGACUCACUGAGUUGGUUCCGCAGCGUCGUGUUACCCUGGCGAGGCCUGUACACCACAUUACCGUCCUAACAUCUGUGCUGCCCUCCCUUUGGGUACGCACUUCCAUUGGCGUUGGCGUAUUGCAGUCACGGUUUUGUUCAAUCACUUUCUAAUCUCAAUAUUUGAUUGCAGUGCACUCGCUUUGAUAAUCGCCCAUGUUUGAUGGCUUCUGCCUUUAAUCGCGGAUGUUGGUCUACCGGUGGUUGGAUGCAUGUUACGUUUGCUUCGGCCUGGGUUUUCGCUACACUAUUGACUGCCCUGUCCCCCUUUCACGCCCCUCCUCCCAAGUUUUGUUUGUUCCUGCGAUCCAAUAUCCAUCGUGUCACCAAAACCUCCCUCAACUCUAUGCCUUUAUUCGGCCGCCAGCCAAAACUCCGGAUCAACCUUGGCAUGCAAGGCAAAGCAUAG